AUGAAUAGAGUGAUAGCUUUUAGUUUUGCCACAUAUGAAUCUUUAGUUUAGAGAUUAAGUAGUGUCGAUAAUGCAAAUAAUCUCUUUCGAAUUUAUGAAGAAAAUAAGGAAUAAUUUAAACAUGAACAUAUCGUGUUAUCAAUGAAAAUGCUUGGCAAAUUUAGUCGUUAAAUUCAUUCAGACAAUAAAUUUUUGGAAAUAACUAAUAAAUUAAAUGAUAUUGUUGACUAAUUGACAGAAUAUGGUAUAUGAUCUUUUUAAUUCAGAUGUUGUGGAUGUAUUGUUUUGUUUAAGGAAAUUCAGAUCAAGUCGAGUUCCAAUAAAUAUUACAAAUCAAACCUAAAACUAAUUAUUUUAGCGAAUAAAAUAGAUGUCUGACAAAUAAAUGUUUUCAUUUAAAAACAUGUGCAAUAUUUACUAUGAUUUAUCGUUUCUAAAUCAUUAUACUGAAAGUCUAGUUAAAUCUAUUUCUGAACAAAUGUUAACUUCUAAAUAGUUAUCUCCCUUCAUCAUAAUUUAACUAUUAAGUACUAUUGUUAUCAAAAUUAAUCAUUGCAUUAUUUCUAAAUAUGAUUAAGUAAUACUAACUAAUUCUAUCAAAGUAUUAGAUACUUAAUUAGAUAGUUUUGAUUUAGAAUAAGUAUCAAAAUAAUUAAUUAUUAGAAAUCUUUUGUAUUCAAACUUUGUGCUGAAGUAAAAUUUUAAAAUCUUCCUCCUAAAUUCUAAUUACCAAUCUAAUUAAAAAAAAUUUAAGAUAAUUUGUCAGAUAAAGUAGAUUAACUUCAAGAAGAAUCAGUUAUUAAUAUUUUUAAAGCAUAUGAAUGCCUACCAAAAUAAUUUGAUUUUUAUCUAUUAAGAAAUUUAAGAGAUAUUAUUAUAAGAACUUUAGAAUAAAAUCCAUAAAGUUUAAACAAUUAAUUUUUAAUCUAAAUAGCAGAAAGAAUGAUUAAAUUAAGUCAUAGAAUAUCUUUAGAUAAUAUCAAAAGAGUUUUAAUUGAAAUAUGUAACAGAAUUUAAAAUAAAACUAUUGAUAUUAAACUAUUAGAUUAAUUAAUUCCAGUUUUAAUGAAAUAUAAAAAAAUCGAAGAUGUUCUUAACAUAUUUAUAAAAUUAGAAGAUAAAAGCAUUAUGGUUUAAAGCUAUUUAUUUAUCAAUGGAAUCAACAUGAAAGUAUAUUUGGAUGAAUACAUUCAGAAUAAAAAGAAUUAAUAAAUUCCAUUAAAUUUAGCAAUUACUUAUGCAAUAUUUGCUAAUAGAGAUGCUAAGGAACAUGUAGAUUUAUUUCUUGAAGUUUGUAGAGAAUAAUUAUAGAAAUAUCCAUUAUAAACAUUAAGAACCUUAUAAGAUGUAUAAUUGAAUUACUAAAUCAAAUAUUAAAUUUAAGAAGAAGCUUAUUUAAAUUUAAUUGAAUAAAUAUAAUAAAAUAAAUUUGAUUUUCUUCGAAUUUGUAAAGAUUUAAUUCAUAGUUGUUGUAAUAUUAAAUGUAGAAAUGCUUUAUUUCAACUUUAUGAAUAAUAAAAUGAUUAAAUUAAUCCUAAAUAAAUUAUUCAUAGAUUAAUUUAAUAAGGAUCUGAUUCUCUUAGUUAUGAAUCAUUUAAUGCUCUUGCAUAAAUAUUACUAAAAGAUCCUAAAAAUAUACCAAUUUAAAAAUUUGUGGAUUAUUUAACUCUUAAUUAAUAAUAAUUACUAGAAUUAAUUAAAAGUGAUCAUAUUUCAUUGGCUACUAAAAUAUUAAUUAAUGCAUAUUAAGCUUAGCCUGAAUAAAAACUUUAUUCAAUAGUUAAUUUUGCAAUUAGAUUUGAAAUUGCUGGAUAUCAUAGUGAAUAUAUAAGUAAUGCAAUAAAAAUGAUUUCAUAAUUAUUCAAAAAGAAUUACCCAUGUUCUCCAUAUCCUGAUCCUUUAUUUGUUAAUUUAUUAAUCAAUUAUAAUAUAAUGACACCAGAAGAUGCUAUAAAUCAAUUAAACAAUGAAAAAAUUCAUUACAAUACCAAAGUUUAAUUAUUAGGAAUUAUUUAAUCUUCAAAAAAUAAUCCGGAAAAUAUUUAAGAAUUAAGUGACUAAAUUAAAGCAAAUAGCUUUGUAUCUUUACAAAAAGAAAUUACAUAUUAACCAAUUUUAGAUUUAAUCACUUUAGGAUAUUAUACUUAUGAUGAACUUUAAAAUAUAAAAAUGAAUCUCUAAACAUUAUUACCUAAUUUAUCAAUUAAAUAAUACUAUGAAUUAAUUAUGUUUGCUAGACAUGAAUCUAUUUUAAGAGAAUUAGCAUUUUUAUUCUAUGAAUUUUCUGCUAAAUUUGGAAUUAAUAGAAUUAUUAGAGCUGCUCAUAAAUUUGCUAAAUUCAAAAUCAGAACUUAAAGUGUUUAUAAUGUACUUCUUGAAACUUAUGGAUAUUCUUUUAAUACUGUUUUUAAUGAACAAAGAAUCUAAAUUUUAUAAAUAUUUGCUUUAGCAAAAAUAAAAGAACCUGAUCUUUUUAAAAGAUCAUUAGAAAAAAUUAAAUAAUAAGCUUCAGCUUAUAAAGUAUAUUAUAAUGAUAUUAUUGAAAUCGUUACUAGUUUAGGUCUAAUUGAAUAAGAGUUUGUUGAUUUAAUUAAUGAAAUAAUUGGAAAAAAUUAAAUGUAAAGUUAAGUAGCUCUUAAAUUAAUGCAUUAUUAUGUCUUAGCAGAUUAACCAAUUUAGGAUAUUGAAAAGAUUGUACCAAUUAUAAACUUGGGUGAUAUAAAAAAUAAAGAUAAUUAUAGAAGUGUAUUAGUUUAUGAAAUUUUACUAAGAAAAUAUCCAAAUUCUAUUGCAACUUAAGUUAAUGAGAUUUUUCUUCAUGAAGAUAAAUUUUCUAAAAUCAGAUACAAUCUUGCUAAUCCAAUUUAAAUAUAAUAUUUUAAAUAUCAAUUAUGUUAACAAUAUCUAUAAUUGUUAGGUGUCGAAAUAGAAUUAAAUAAAACAAUUAAUGGUAUUAAUGUUGAACUUUACUUACCUUCAAUGUAAUUAUAAAAUUAUAUAAAUUAAGUGAAACAUCUCUUUUAAUAGUCAGUUAAGUUUAAUUAAAUUAUGAUUAAACUACCCUUAGUGGGCAUGGAAUUUUAGAAAAGAAAUUAUUAGAAACUCUCACAAAAAGUGUUAUUGUUAUUAAUUUUAAAUAAUUCAUAAAAAUAGAAAAUCAUUAAGAUAGAGCUAUUUUCUUGAUGAAUUUAGGUAUUUCUUUUAUUAAUUAUUAAGGAAUACCAAUUAAUGUUGAUAUAAGUUAAAUAGAUUUUAGUUCUAUUUCUAUCGAUCAAAUUGAUGAGAGAGCUAAACAUUUAAGAUCUUAUAAUAAAAAUGAUACAGAUAAAACAGAUUUUGAUGAAGAUGAUUGAUAUUAGAG